AUGGCCAGAAUUGCUCAAAUGCAAGCAGCUGUGGAUGAAGCUGAGAGGAAGUCUGUUACUUCUUCACCAGCCUCCAGCCGUAUCUACGUGGCUUCUUCCAAUAGUGGCAACUUUGCGCCUGGUGCGCCGGCACGGCGUCUUCCUAGUGCUUGCUCUUUGAGCUGGUCCGAGUGGGGUGGUUGUCGUCAGCCAGAUGAGACACCGGAUCGGCCUCCAGCUGGUGAUCCUGGCCACCUGGGUUCUGACUUUGUGGACCUGAAUGAGAAGCGCAUUCUUUUGGAAGAGUUGGAGCGAGAGGCAAAGCGCCAAGAGGAGGAAGUCCGUCUUGAGACUCUGCGGGUCAAGGAGUUUGAAGCUCGUCAAUCUGAUGAAGCUGCGAAUGUGGCAGAACAUGGUGCUGAACUGCAUGAAGAACAGCAGAAGAUAGAACGUGAGCAUGAAGCUCUAGUCAAAGCAUAUGAGGAAAUCAAGGCAAAGCAAUUAGCUUUGGACAAAAGACGAGAACAAGCAAAGGAGGAAAACGCCGGCAGGGCUGAGGCUGCUCGAGCUUCUAUGGAAAAGGAAAGGGGAGAAGCUGAACGUUUGAAAAGAGAAGAAAUCACUCGCAAAGUGAAUGCUGCUCGCUUGGAAAUGGAAAAGAAAGCUGCCUUGGAAAAGGAAGAGGCAGCUCGCAGAGCAGAUGCUGCUGCUCGCUCGGAAAUGGAGAAGAGAGCUGCUUUGGAAAAGGAAGAGGCAGCUCGCAAAGAGGAGACUGCACGCAUGGAAAUGGAAACAAAAGCUGCGUUGGAAAAGGAAGAGGCAGCUCGCAGAGCGGAGGCUGCUGCUCGCUUGGAAAUGGAGAAGAAAGCCGCUUUGGAAAAGGAAGAGGCAGCUCGCAAAGAGGAGACUGCACGCAUGGAAAUGGAAACAAAAGCUGCUUUGGAAAAGGAAGAGGCAGCUCUCAGAGCGGAGGCUGCUGCUCGCUCGGAAAUGGAGAAGAAAGCUGCUUUGGAAGAGGAAGAGGCAGCUCGCAAGGAAGAACAAGCCCGCAAAGCCGCUUUGGCUCUACAAGGUGAGUUGGAGCAGGAAGAGCUGGCUCAAAAGCGUUUGGUGAGAGAGAAAGAAAAAGCAGCCUACAGAGCCCAGCAGGAGCGAGAAAGGCAGCUUGCAGGACAGGAAAAGUCAGCGCCAGCUGUUGCUGCUUCUGAAGCCAAGGAUGAUGAAGAAAAAAACAAAAGUGGUGCCUUGAAUGCCAAGCGUGCAGAAGAGAUGUUGCUGCUGGAACAGCAAAUGGCUUUCUUUCAGGAAAAAAUACGGCAAUCCAAGGAACAAGCUUUGGAAUUGGAGAAAAGAAAGCUCGCAAUCAUGUCAGAGCGCAGCGAAGCAACAGCCAGGGCCAGGAUCCGGCGUUAUGCCCAGAAUGUCAAAAGAAGUAGCAAGGAAGUUCAGGAGAUGUAUGAAAAGGACAGGGCGGAGCUCAAGAAUUUUUUUUUGGAAAGCGGUGGAAACUUCGACCUGGUUGAAGUGAAAGUUAAGAAAUGGACCGAGUCCAAGAAGACCGCCACAGACACAGAGAGCCGCGUGACAAAAAGGCAGCUGAAGGAAAAGUAUUUCUGGGAUGACGACAUGAUCGAGAACACGUGGAAGUGGGCUCGUGACAACGGCAAAAUCAUAAAACACCCGAUCUCUGGUGGAGAAUUUGUGGACAUUGACGUGGAACACCUCUUGAGAAAGACCAAUGAAACCGGGUCUAGGUUUACGCAAGGUGCUGGUACCCACUACGAGGCCUGGAAACAGUUUAAGUUGCAACAGACGUCUGUAAGACCCGCACGGCAGCCUUAG